AUGGGCAGCCUUCCCAUCCUCCAGCCCAGCCAGGACUCCCGCUGCCUGCCACUUCCCGCAGGCUUCGCUGGCACCCAGCAGCCUCCAGGGACAGGGCACAACGGGCUGGUGGCAGCUGCCUACCUGCAGCGGGCAGGGGUCCGCACGGUCGUGCUGGAGAAACGCCACGUACUGGGUGGUGCAGCUGUCACAGAGGAGAUUGUGCCAGGCUUCAAGUUCUCCCGGGCGUCGUACCUGCUCAGCCUGCUGCGGCCGCAGAUCUAUGCUGAGCUGGAGCUGCAGCAACACGGUCUGAGGGUGCUCCCACGGGACCCCUACUCCUUCACCCCGCUGCUGGAGGACAGGAGCUCCCCCCGCUCCCUCCUGCUGGGGCACGACAUGACCCAGACCCAGCAGCAGAUCGCACAGUUCUCCCAGAAGGAUGCCCAGGCUUAUCCUGAGUACGAGGCCUUCAUGGGGGGCUUGGUGUUGGCCCUUGAUCCACUGCUGGAUGCUCCCCCGGUGGAUACAGCUGCCCUGGGGCAGGGGUCCCUGCUCCAGCGGCUCAGGGCCCUGCAAGCCCUGCGGCCCCUACUGCGGGCAGGGCUGGCGCUGGGGUGGCAGCUGCCCCGCUAUUACGAGGUGCUCACAGCCCCCAUCUCCAAGAUCCUGGACCAGUGGUUUGAGUCGGAGCCCCUGAAGGCAACUCUGGCUACUGACGCGGUGAUUGGAGCUAUGGCCAGCCCCCACACCCCUGGCAGUGGGUACGUGCUGUUGCACCAUGUGAUGGGUGAGCUGGAGGGACGGCGGGGGGCCUGGGGCUACGUGGCCGGCGGUAUGGGGGCCCUGUCCCAAGCCAUCGCCCACGCAGCGGCUGCCCAAGGAGCCCACAUCUUUGCUGAGAAGGCGGUGUGCCAUGUGCUGCUGGGCGGGGAUGGGCGGGCACAGGGCGUCGCGCUGCAGGAUGGGACAGAGGUGAGGAGCAAACUGGUGCUGUCCAAUGCCUCCCCCCAAAUCACCUUCCUGGAGCUCACCCCCCAGGAGCAGCUACCAAAGGAUUUUGUCCAGCGGAUCAGGCAGGUUGACACAUGUUCCCCUGUCACCAAGAUCAACGUGGCAGUGGAUCGGGUGGCCCAGGUCCUCCCUGAUGGCCAGCCCCUGCCCCACCACCAGUGCUCCAUCCAUCUCAACUGUGAGGCCACCCACCUCCUGCACCAAGCCUUCACUGAAGCCACCCACGGGCACCCCUCCAGCAGGCCUAUGAUCGAGCUCUGCAUCCCCUCGGUGCUGGACCCGGGCCUGGCCCCACAGGGCUGCCAUGUCGUGUCCCUCUUCACCCAGUAUACCCCCUUCAAGCUGGCGGGCGGGCAGCCCUGGGACGAGCAUGCCAGAAAUGCAUAUGCAGACACGGUGUUUGACUGCAUCGAAGCCUAUGCCCCAGGGUUCAAGGCAUCCGUCAUCGGCAGGGACAUCCUAACGCCACCAGACCUGGAGAGGAUCUUUGGGCUGCCUGGUGGGAAUAUCUUCCAUGGAGGGAUGUCUCUUGACCAGCUAUACUUUGCCCGGCCAGCACCAUCCUACUCAGGCUACCGGUCCCCAGUUCCUGGCUUGUACCUUUGUGGAAGUGGAGCCCACCCUGGGGGAGGAGUGAUGGGAGCAGCAGGACGCAACGCAGCUCAGGUGGCCCUUGAGGACUUCAGGCACCUGUGA